AUGGCCGACUACAAAAUCACCCAGGCUACGGAAGCCGAUAUCCCCGAUAUCCACCGCAUGAUCGUCGACCUUGCGAUCUACGAAAAAGAGCCUGAUGCAGUCAAGGCCACACCCGAAAUGAUGGCGGAGAAUGUAUUCCGCAAAGGGUAUGCCGGGGUGUUUAUCGCUCGGAUGGUAGGCGGGGAGGACGAUGGCAAGGCUGUGGGGUUUGCACUUUACUUCUACACUUACUCUACCUGGCUCGGUGUCCCCGGACUCUACCUGGAAGACCUCUUUGUUGACGAACAACAACGUGGAAAAGGGCUGGGUAAGCGGCUCUUUGGCGAGCUGGGCAAGUUGGCCAAGGAGAAGGAGUGUGGUCGGGUCGAAUGGCGUGUUCUCAAGUGGAACCAGCCCAGUAUAGACUUCUACGAGAAGUGCCUCAAGGCAGAGCCGCAGGUCGAGUGGGAGAUGAUGCGCGUGGAGGGAAAGGAUGGGAUGGAUAGGCUGGCGGCGAUGCGCAAAGAGUAA